GAUGAUAGCUGAUGGAAGGCGGAAUAGUGUUUUAGGAGGAGCUGAUUUUUUUUUUUUUAAUUAUUCGGUCCACGACAUCUCCACGGAAUCCACGUGUACACUGUAACGAUGAAAACACACGGUGUUUUGCCGCAUUCAUCAGCCGGAGUGGGUCUCGCUGAACACCGCUGCAUCAUGGAGCGACUGCUUACUGCUGCAGAACGAGGUGAGCCAAAGAAACCCAACGGAGUAGUUAACAUGAUCAUAGCAAGACUUCUGUUCUUGCUCAUCCUUCCUUCACUGGGUAUGUGUGCUCCACAAGUACAGAAAACCUCCAGUGAUGGCAUUCUCCCAACAGACCUUGCCAAUCCUUUUGGGUCCAGUGAAGACAACCACAGGCUCUUGCAAAGCUACAUCAAGAGCAACCUGAAGGAGGGGCAGGCCAAUCUGGAGCUUAAAACAAGGGAACAAGAGGUGUUCUUCCUCUUCUCCUUGUAUGACUAUGAUAGAAGUGGGCAGAUGGAUGGCCUUGAAUUGAUGCAGCUUCUAACAGAUUUCCUGUCUCAUCAUGCAUUAAUGCCAAAGUCAACAGAUUCUGUAGUGUCUUUGGUGGAUUACCUGUUACAAACUGAGGAUCUGAACCAGGAUGGAUUACUGGCUCCCUCAGAGCUGCUGUCAUCAUCCACGCAGGACCAUCAGCAAGAAAACAACAUUGUGCCCCCUGACGCACCAGCUGAGCUGGUGGAGGACAAUUUAAAACAGGAGCAAACAGAUACAAAAACAGAGGGUGGAGAUGCUGAAACACACCAGCAAGUGGCAGAGGUCAAAGACAACCUCCAAGAGCCUGGACAGAAACAACUAUAACCUGCUGAAGAUCAUAAUGAGACAAAUCCAGCUCAAGAAGAACAAAAACAGGCUGAGGAGCCAUCAGAUUAGAACCAGAUACCAGAUUAAAAUUAAGAAGAGCAGGGCAGUCUACAGCCUUUAGAAGAGCAGGAGCUCCAAGAUGGUCAACAGGAAUAGGAGAACAUGCUAGUCCAUUAAAGUGACCUAGAGAUGUAAUGUCAAAUUAAGCAUGAGCAACUUUAGAGACAAAUCAGCCAUACUUUGGAAACCUCAAAGCUUGUCAGUCUCCUAUUCAGUUUCACUUGCUGCAUAUAAUUUUUGACUGAAGCAUAAUGUAUUUCCAGGUACUAAAGAUUUUGAGUCCAAAAGCAUGUGUUAAUGAUUUAAUUAUUAGAGUUCACCAAACUGUACAAAACUCUAAUUUACUUUGUUUUUAUUCUAUUUAUCUUAUGUGUUAUUCAAACUAUGCAAACCCAGAAAAGCUUGUAUUUUAAUGCAAAAAAAAAAAAAAACAAAACAAAAAAAAAAUUAAGACAAGUAAAAAAGUAAUAGCCAAGAUCCAUUCUUACUGUUUUGUACCUAAAUUAGUGCAUAAUGUUUCUAUGCCCAACUGUUUUCUUGGGUUAAAAUUCCUUGGAAUGAAACAGCCAAAAUUAGAGGUGGAGUGUAUACUUUUGAUCUGCUGUUACAAAGAUCGAUUUUUACAAAGUACAUUUUUCUGACUUGGGUGCAACAGAAGAUUUGGAUGCCUCUGAUUUCUUAAAAAUAAUUUUGUGUUGCCAAACAGCUGGUGAAAAAUGCACAGCUAGUUAGAAUAGUUAUAAGCAAAGAUAUUUGUCUUUUUUUUUUCUCAAAGAGACACUGAUCCUCAAUUUCAGACACGAAUUUUGCUUCCAUUUCUUUUCACUUAUGAAGUGACAUUAUUUUACAAAUCAACACCAUGUGCAAUGCAUCAUUUUGGCCUAUGUGUUGCUUUUUUAAGAAUGCAUGUUUUAUCCAGGAGGGUUGUUUUAAAGACAAAUGUGGUGCCCUUAUAUGGAGCUUGUGAAUAAAUAAAUAAAUUAAAAAGUUUUUUUUUAUGUUGAUAAUGGUUAAACAGUCCCCAACAAGUAGGACUCUCGCGAUUAUUAAAUUCUGUUCGAACUUAUUUACGCAAGCGCCAUCUUUGAUUUUUAAUGGGAAUGACAACGAGGCUGAGAGGGAUAGACUUCACAGUCUCUUCUAUAACUAUGGAUUUAUACAGUAUACAUGCCAAAAUUCUGCGCGCUCAAAAUUUUAUUUUUAGCGUGCAAAAUUAUAUUUUGAGCGCACAAUAUUGUUCUGUGAGUGCAUAUUUAUAUUCUGAGCACACAAAAAUGUUUUGCCCGCACAUGAUGAUAUUAAAAAAAGUUAUUUUGGCCACGCUUAAACUCAGUUUUGUAAAGCAAUGUAUCUUCUUGCAAAGAUUAAUAAUAUGUUUGUGUGUGCAAGAUCUCACUCAUUCUCUCCUUGUAUGCGCUCUCCGUGCGUUUGGAACUAAGGGUACGUUUACACGACAACGAUGUACUAAAAACGGAAAAAGUUUUUCCUUUGCGUUUUUGAAAAGUUCCGCGUACAGACGACAACGUUUUCAAAACGAUCCCCAUUCACACGGAUCCGCGAAAACGACUAAAAAUGCUGUAUUAUGCAUGCCAGGCCAGUAGUUGGCGAUGUCACUUUGUAAAGAAACACUACGCGCCACAGCGGUGAAUACAAACAAUGAAGAUGGCGAUCGCUGGUCGUAGUAGUGAUGCAGUAAAUCUACACUUUGCUGGAGAAGCAUCAAUAAACUCAAAAUCUUGAGCAGCACAAACACAGUCCUGUAUUCCGCCAUUGUAGUCUCGCGCGUUGUUUUGAAGUACUCACGCACAUGCCUAUAGACUGAACUCUCAAGAUUAUUCAAUAAACUCUGCUCAUUUUUACCAUCACUUCGUCUCCUGCCUUCUUCUGUAUAACCCCUGCGGACUCUUGCGCUGGUAGCAGUUUGAUCUGUGAUCUAGCCAGCCAAUCAAAAUGUACCACCUCAUCUCUGAUUGGCUGAAAUUCUGGCACAUUGAAGACUCCACGGUACGUGCUCAACAAGCCAUGUGAUAAGAUGCGUGGAUUGACGGUCUCAGAUGCAGAGGCAACCGAGAUUCGUCCUCCACCACCUGGACUGAGACAAGUCACUAUGCCACCACGAGGACCUAGAGCGCAUUGGGAAUUGGUCAUACCAAAUUGGGGAGAAAAGGGGAGACAAUUCAGGUGGUGAAGAACUCCCAGAUUUUGCAGGUAGAGUUUCAUGCAAAACAGGGCUGGGUUUGGUGUCCUCAUUGGUCCAUGAGUUCUAGACUGACAGCUAUUCUCUAGCCAAUCAAUCAAAACUGGGAGUUGACGUGACUCCAGUGCGACUCUGGCUUACUGCUGUGCUCAAAUGUGAACAGAUGAAAAUUGUUAAGACAACGGAGAAAACCUCACUGUGGUUCAAUGUUUGUCUCAUUUAAACUAAGAACUGUGUCACAUCAAAUUAUCUAAGUUGAAAAUAGCUCAUUUUAGAAGUGAAAAUCCUGAUUACAGCACUUUUAUGUUACAUGGCAUUAGCUUUAUAGCUAAAAUGACACUUGGCUGUGUCAUUUGAUGUUUUAGGCAUCAGUCAGUCUGCUGUUUUAAUCUUUACUAAGUUUCUAAACUUAACUUCUUUCUACAUCAUGAGAAAUAUCUGUUUGUGUCAUCAAAACAUUGAUUCUUAAUGUUGCAUGUUUGAUCCAAACACCUGUUGCAUGCUGUGUCAGGUUUAGAAGCUGGUAUUAUAAAGACACAAGACAACACCAAAUCAAAUUGUACAAUCUCACUGUCUUUCUUCAGUGAAGUAAUGUUUCAAAAGACAUUACAUUUCAAAGACAUUGUAUUUUGCAUUCUUUAGCACUUUUAUGUGAGUGUUCUGGCAGACAAGUCCAAUGUCACUGAUGAGAAAUAUUAUGUAAACAAUGUGCAUACCACAUAUUGGUAUAUGGCUGUGAGGUUCAGGAGGAUCAAAGAAUUGGGAGGAUACUGGAGAAAUGGUGCUUUCUGCUUGGCAUCACAAAGAGAUGGAAAUCGUUUAGUCUUGUUACUUUGUUUAAUGUUAUCCUUUCAAUACAUAGACAUGUUAUGUGUAAUCAUUCAUUAUUUUCGGUACAUGAACAAUUAAACUGCCUUCAGGACUCCCAUAGUGCAGUAAUGUAUAAAUGUCAUGUACAUAUGCAAAUUCACUCAUAUUUAAUUCAGUAACUGUACAUACCCCUACCUUGCACAUACACUAUAUGGACAAAAGUAUUGGGCCACACCCCUUAAUCAUUGAAUUCAGGUGUUUCACUCAGUCCCAUUGCCAAAGGUGUAUAAAAUCAAGCACCUAGCAAUGCAGUCUGCCUUUACAAACAUUUAGGUCGUUCUAAAGAGCUCACUGAAUUAGAGCAUGGUACUGUAAUAGGAUGCCACCGUUGCAACAAGUCAGUUCGUGAAAUUUCUUCCCUCCUAGAUAUUCCACGAUCAACUGUAAGUGAUAUUAUUGCAAAGUGGAAGCCUUUAGGAACCGCAGCAACUCAGCCAUGAAGUGGCAGACCACGUAAAGUUACAGAGCGGGGUCGCCGAGUGCUGAGGUGCAUAGUGCGUAAGAGUCACCAAUGCUCUGCUGACUCAAUAACUGCAGAGUUCCAAACCUCCUCUGGCAUUAACAUCAGUACAAAAACUGUGCACCGGGAGCUUCAUGGCAUGGGUUUCCAUGGUCGAGCAGCUGUAUGUAAGCCUUACAUCACCAAGCACAAUGCCAAGCAUCGGAUGGAGUGGUGUAAAGCAUGCCGCCACUGGACUCUGGAGCAGUGGAAACGUGUUCUGUGGAGUGAUGAAUCAUGCUUCUCUAUCUGGCAGUCUGAUGGACGAGUCUGGGUUUGGCGAAUGCCAGGAGAACGUUUCCUGCCUGACUGCAUUGUGCCAACUGUAAUGUUUGGUGGAGAAGGGAUAAUGCUAUGGGGUUGUUUUUCUGGGGUUGGCCUAGGUCCCUUAGUUCCACUGAAGGGAAAUGUUAAUGUCUCAGCUUAAGACAUUUUGGAAAAUUCUAUGCUUCCAACUUUGUGGAAACAGUUUGGGGAAGGCCCUUUUCUGUUCCAGCAUGACUGUGCCCCAGUGCACAAAACAAGGUCCAUAAAGGCAUGGUUGGAUGAGUUUGGUGUGGAAGAACUUGACUGGCCCACACAGAGCCCUGACCUCAACCCUGUCGAACACCUUUGGGAUGAACUAGAACGGAGAUUGCGAGCCAGGCCUUCUCGUCCAACAUCUCACAAUUGCUCUUCUGGCAGUAUGGACAUAAAUUCCAAUAGACACUCUCCAAAAUCUUGUAGAAAGCCUUCCCUGAAGAGUGGAAGCUGUUAUAGCUGCAAAGGUGUAACCAACACGAUAUUAAUGCCUAUGGAUUUAGAAUGGAAUGUCAUAAAAGCUCCUGUAGGUGUAAUGUGUAGGUGUCCCAAUACUUUUGUCCAUACAAUGUAUAUUACCACUUGUACAUGUACACACGGCAUUAUAUGUUAUAUGUCAGCGUAAGCCAGAGUCGCACUGGAGUAACGUCAACUCCCCACUUUGAUUGAUUGGCUAGAGAAUAGCUGCCAGUCAAAAUCUGGAAGCACAAGUGAUGAACUUAGAAACAUGAGCAAAGAAAAACACAGCAAGUGUGCAAAAAGUUUAAACAAGAGCAAAAAAUGUCAGAGAGAGAGAGAGAGCGUAAAAAACAGAGUAAUGUAACCAAGGAAAACAUUAGUUUGUUUGCAAUUUUGAUGAUUUUGCCCACUCCCUCUUUGAACUGUUGCCCUCUGGCCAGCGCUACAGAGCACCAAGCGCCAGGACAUCCAGGCACAAGGACAGGCUAUUUUCCACAUUUAAACUGCCUCAGGACUCCCCCAUAGUGCAAUAAUGUAAACACCUAAUGUAAUCUCAUUCACGCAUAUUUAAUUCAAUAAAUGUACAUACCCCUAUCUUGCAUAUACAUUAACACUUGCUCGUGUACAUCUGUCAUUCUAUGUUAUAUGUCCUAUUAUUUAUACUCUUACCUUGUUUUAUGUUCUGUUUGCACUUGCUUGUUUCACCUAUCGCCAAAAAAAAAAAAAAUAAAAAUAGUGUAUACGAGCACACUUGGCAAUAAAGCUCAUUCUGAUCCUGUCCCAGCACACUACCUUUUUGAACUGUUGCCUUCUGGCUGACGAUACAGAGCACCAGAACCAUCAGGCAAAAGAACAGUUUUUUUUGUCCCUCAGGCUAUCCAUCUCAUGAACAGUGAGUGUGCAAUACACAACCUAGUCCGUUAUAUUAUUUAACAUAUACUACCACUUUUGCAUUACAUUCCCUUGCACUGUAUAACAUAUUUGUAUUUGUACAUACUAUGUAUAUUUAUUGUGUAUUUCUAUAUAUACUUAUUUAUUCUAUUUUGUAUUAUAAUUAUUAUCUCUGUCUUGUUGUAUUGUUUGUGCACUGGAAGCUUGUCACCAAAAAAAAAAAAAAAAAAUCCUUGUAUGUGGAUGGAUGCUUGGCAUUAAAGCUCUUUCUGGUUCUGAUUUAUAAAUAUCUUGAGUCAACAGACUUACCUUUAAGUCACUUAUUUUAGAGACAUGUUCUCUUAAAAUCUUACUAACCUAAAAAAAAAAAAAAUGCUAUGGUAAAACUGAAGACUUAAAAUUAAGGGAUAAUUAGCAAUAUUAAUGUCAUCUACUCAGUUGGCCAUGUUUUAUACCUCCUUUUUACCCAUUAAUCGUGCCUCAAAUUUUUGACCUACCUGACCAACUCUGGGUUCUGUAUUUUUACAUUAUUUUGCUUUGUUAUAGUUACCUGCCAUUCACAACACUUGCACUUUAAUUUAAAUACAUUUUGCUAUUUGCACUUCUGUUUGGAUGCUACUGUAUUUCACUGGCUCUGUACAUGUUCUCUGCACAAUUAUAUAGUUGAAACUAAUCUAAUCUCAUGUUCAAAUCUCAUAUGAUUUACUUCUGUUAAAUACAAAAGGAUAUGCGAGACAGAAUAUUAGGGACCGACAGCCUUGGUCCCCAUUUACUGCGUGUAUAUUUAUAUACAGUACCUUGCAAAAUUUUAGGUACCAAGAUGUGUCACAAAAAUAUUUGUCUUAAGAUGGUUAUUUAUAUCUUCAGCUUUAGUGUGUCAAUAUGGAAAAAUACAUUUUAGACUCUAAAACAUUACUUUUGCAAAUAGAAAAGAUUAGAAUAGAAGAACAGGGAGCCCUACAACAGAUGUCAUGACCCCCACAGAGCCCCCCACUGAACAUCAUGUCAGAGAUUACAUGAGACAGCAAUUGUGACAGCCUAAAUUGAUAGAACUGUGGUGAAUUCUCCAAGAAGCUUGGAACAUCCUAUCUGCCAACAACCAAGAAAAACUGUGCCCAGGUGUACCUAGGAGUAUUGGUGCCGUUUUAAAGGCAAACGUGGAUACACCAAAUAUUGAUUUAGCUUUUUUUUGUGUUUACUGGACUUUGUAUGACAUUAAGUGAUAAAUGAAAACUAUGGCAUUAUUUAUGAAGACAUCCUCACUAUGCAACAUUUUUCACAAGUGCCUAAAACUUGCACAGUACUGUUUAUGUACUAUGUCUAAAUAGUUACCAUUGAGAUUAUCAAGCUGCCAUAGGCUACACCGAUGGUGACUGCCAAAUCAGCAAAAGGUGCAUAGUUAUUUUGUCCUCAUUACAAAAGUUUCCUAAUGCAUGUAUAAAAUUGACCACUAACAUAAGACACCAGGUAUAGGCCUAUCAGUAACCUUAUAAAAGUUUAUUCUGCAUGGACAGUCUGUCUUUCUGUUUGUCUAUAUAUUUUUAUUUUUUAGGGGUUGUAGCACAGCGAUUAAAAAGGAAAAUUAAAAAUAGCACUUCAGGUCAAAAAGGUUGCAGACCUCUGGUAUACUUAAUGAUUAUUUUAUUGGCUUUGCAAUGUGAACAUCUAAUAAGUACAUGCAAUAAUAUGGUACCAUACAUGUUUUUAUAGGCAUAAAAUGCAACACUCAGUUUGCAGACAAUAUGAAACGGGGGUCCAUGCUAUGUCUUUCAACAUACCAAGGGGUCCUUGGCCUGAAAAUGGUUAAAGACCCCAGGGCUAGAGAAUAGCUGUCAGACUGGACCAAUGGGGACACCAAACCCUGCCCUGUUUAGCAUAAAACUCUACCUGCAAAAUCUGGAAGCACAAGUGAAGAACUUGGAAACAUGAGCAAAGAUAAACACAGCAAGUGUGCAAAACAUUUAAGAGCAAAAAAAUAAAUAAAAUAAAAUAAUAAUAAUAAUAAUAAUAAUAAUAAAUAAAAAUCUCCAAGGAAAGCAUCAUUUUGUUUGCAAUUGAUUAUUUUGCUUUCGAUAUUGUUUUUUGCUAUAUAUUUGUUUUUUCACAUUUAUUAUUUUUUGAUCUGCGACCGCAAUACUUUAGGCGGGAAAUUUACUCCAUAAACUUCAUAUUGAAGUUGCGAAACUAGAAAUAAGUUAAAAUGACACUAAAAUAGAAAAAUAUAGGAGUACACUUUUU